CUGGGGUGCUUCAGCCAAAGCUAACUACAUGCGUGGAGAAUGACAAAAGACCAACGAGCAUCUCGCCGCAAGAAACACAGGAAUUCAAAGUUGGGAUGCCCUACCUGCAAACGCAGAAGGGUGAAAUGCCUGGAAACGCUUCCAGAGUGCACCAAUUGUGAGAAGCACGGCAGUCGAUGCGAAUACCUCGACUAUACGGAAAAACAGCUUAGUGAAUUCAAAAAGGCAAAACAGGAGUACGAAUCCCGCGAUUCACAGAGCCUUCUGUAUCCCGAAGUUCCAAAUGCGAGUUCUGCGUCGUACAAGGGUGACACUGUGUUCCACUCGCAAAUAUCGCCCUUGGAAAAUACGUAUGAUUCACCGCUUGCCGCUGGACCCGUCGGCUUGAGUGCCUCGGUGGAUAUGCAGUAUAGUGCUGUCUCAUCCACGACCGAGCCCCCUCAAUAUGAUUCCGGGUGGUCCUCACGAGAUCUGACGUCCCAGGUGUAUUCCUCUGGAGUCACACAAAAUUUUGACAACUUGCUUACAGAACAAGGCCACGAGAUCGUAUAUCCGGUCUACUCAUUCUGCAAUUCCCCGGAUCCCCAAUGGAGCUACAACUCCCAGUCGAUGUUGCCUGACAUGCAGCAAGAUAACGAGAUCAUUUUAAACAAUAACAGCAACCUAGCUGGAUUUGACCAUUGUGCUUCUGACACCACGUCAUUGCACCACCCUGGAAAAAUGCUCCCGCACGGUGAGCAAAGUUUCAUGCGAUUCGACAUCUUGUCUCCAGAAGACAUGGAUUUCGACGCGCGGCUUCACCUGUUCAUCAUAAAUUUAGGGCCGUUGAUCUCGCAGGGAAAAGCAGACUUGCAGCAGAUUCGUGAAUUAUAUCAUGCCUGGCUAGGCCACUUCAUCUACAAGGCGUACACGCUGAGUAUCAUGUUCCUGUGCCUCACGAAUCUCACUACCAACUAUCUCAUAACCAACGUCUUCCGAAGCUGCAGGGCUCUUACUCAAGGCCCAGACAAGCAAAAAAUGCAGCUUCGAAAAACCCUUUUAUCGUACCUGAUCCAGCACUAUGCGGCUGUCAUCAAGAGCCUCCGGUCUCUAUUGAACAAAAACAGCGAUCCGCAAUUGGCAUCUUCGUUAUCCUAUAUUUUGUCGAUCAUGUCUAUCUACGACCCUGAAGCCACUCUAGACUCGACAGUCUGUUUCCGAGACGGGAUGUUUUCCGUCCUCAGCUAUACCUUGCAAUUUUGUAAGAACAUGGGGGUUGCGCCCCCACUUUUCGUGCCUGUUCACAUGCAGCUUGCGGCAAAUAUUGUGAGAACGGUGUAUUUGCCCGCAUAUAACCCCAGUUUCUUGGGCGAGUAUGAAUUGAUGUUGCGCAGAUUGGGAGUGGCCAUUAGCUCCAUCAAGAGCUCUGAGAUCCGCAACCACCAAACAUUUGAGUUCAUAGUAUCAGUCUACGAAGACUUGUGGAAAUUCUGCCAGGAUUCAAUCAGAGCGCAUAUUCCUGCUGUCAACAAUAACUUGGCCGAUAUACCGUUUCAACUAGAUGUGCUUUUUAACAUGUUUCGCAAAUGGGCCAAUUUAGGACCCAGCCGGCUUCUAACGGUAAGUCGGUCCACGGACCCACUCGAAAAGGUUCUUAACUUAUUCUUCAGGCUCUUCCGCAAGGCUGUAUAUGCUGUUGUGCCGCAGGUCAAAUUCUGCUUUCUUCGAGAUUUCGACUCGCCCUUGAUGUUGGACGUGUUCCCAAACAGUUGCGACGCGAGUGUCCUUUAUUCGUUGGAUGAUCCCGAUAAACUCUGCUUGGCUCCUGAGGCAUAUGCUCGAAUUUUGAAUGAACUCAAAUUACUCUCUGCGUACGCAAUCCGGGUCAACACGUUUCUCAAUAUAAGAAUCUCGAUUCUAUACAAAAACUUGGUGUACAACGAAAAAGUCCGGCGGCUCUAUCCCAUUGAUAACAUUGUGGAUUGGAAGAAUUCCAUCUCCGAUAUACAUGCUACGCGUAAGGAGUUUCAGGACCGUAUUGGCUUGCAAGAACACUGCAUCGAAAACUUCAACAGUACAUACAUCUGCACGUCCCAUUACCCUCGGAUGUUAGAGCCUGGAGCACCCGAACAGACAGACGACGUGAACCCCAUACAAACUUCGGUGGUUGAUUUGCUUUCCUUGCAACCGAAUGGACUUUUGAAAGGAGCUCACUUUGCUCUGGUAGUAUAG